GCAAGAUGGCGGCGCUCGGGCGUGAUGUUGGGGCUGACCUGAGGGAUGCAGGUGUGGUGCCGCUGGGAGCUGGGGAAGCGCCCAAGGAAACUCAACACAAUCUCCAAAAUGAGCUCAGGCUUUCAUGAGAAACAGAGGAUAGAGAUAGUUGUCCACAAGGAGUUUACACUUCCCCUAGAGCUAGAAGAUCAAGAACUACAAAGGGCCUGGCUAUCUUCUUGGAAUGAGGAGAGAGGAAAACUGCAAGGAUUAUAGAAAUUCAGUAUAUCUCACUAAGUUAUCUUAAGUCCUAAGGACAUCAAGAUGGCAGCAUCUAUGAAUGAUCAGCCCAGUCCUUCUCUAGGAGAUGCAAAACUCAGAAGACCAAUAGUCAUUGAAAUCAUUGAAAAAAAGUUUGAAUGUUUUAGAAAAGAAAUGACAUUAAAUAUAUAUGGAACGCUGUCCUUUGCAACAACAGCUGGUUUCUCUGGAAUACUAGCAAACUUCAUUUUUAGACACUGCUUCAAAGUUAAACAUGAUGCUUUGAAAACAUACGCAUCGGUGACUACACUUCCAUUUUUGGCUACUAUAGUUGCUGAGAAGCUCCUUUUAACUGAUGCUUUAUAUUCAGAUAAUAUAAGCGAGGAAAAUUGUGUUCUUAGAAGUUCACUGAUUGGCAUAGUAUGUGGAGUUCUAUAUCCCACUGGUUUGGCUUUUUCUAAAAAUGGGCGUUUAGCAGUCAAGUACCAUACUGUUCCACUGCCACCAAAAGGAAGGGUUUUACUGCAUUGGACACUGCUUUGUCAGACAGAGGUGAAAGCAAUGGCAAUUCCUCUAAUCUUUCAGACAACGUUUGGAAUAUUUAAUGGUCUACAGAAGCAUGCAGCAUUUCAAAAGACACUUGAGAAAACUGCAUGAAGAUUAACCAAUAAAACGAAUGGAUGCUAACUCAGCAGAAAGGAUUUUUUAUGAUGAGGACUCAGGCAUUCCUGAAAGAGUUAAAAGUAACACUGGACAGACCAUUUGUUUCUGUCCCUUUUGCCUGGCAUAUAGUAAAUAAUAAAUAUUCAGUAAUUCAAUCAAUAAAUGUACGUUUCAUCUUACAUAUAAGAUGUAAAUUUUUAUUUCCUUUCAAAAUGAUAUGUUCAUUUUUCCUGGUAUAUAUCAGAUAUUCAAUAAAUGUUUAGUAAGUCAGUAAAUGUAAAUGUAAACAUGAAA